UAUCAUCGUUCGCACUUGUAGUCCGUAUAGUUGGAAACCCUGGUUGUUUUCAAAGGCAGUGGAAAGAGCCACGAAUUGAGCCAGCUAAUUGCGGUGUCUGCGGUUAUGUGACGAGUUAAUUGCAUGACCUGAGGAUUUGGAGGCGUGAUGUGAAUGGGUUGUAGUGGUUGCGAGUAGGGGACGUAAAUGUAUUUACCGAAAUGUCUGAAGAUAAGAGCAGAACAGUUCGUGUCUGGUGUGAUGGGUGCUAUGAUAUGGUCCAUUUUGGACAUGCAAAUUCAUUACGACAAGCAAAAGCUCUCGGAGAUUACCUCAUUGUUGGAAUCCACAAUGACAAUGAAAUAACUAAACAUAAGGGACCCCCAGUAUUUACAGAAGAAGAAAGAUACAAAAUGGUACGUGGCAUCAAGUGGGUUGAUGAAGUGGUGGAGGGAGUUCCAUAUGUCACAAGCCUAGAAACACUGGAUAAAUAUCAUUGUGACUUCUGUGUUCAUGGAGAUGACAUCACAAUGACAGCAGAUGGUGUUGACACUUAUCAUCUAGUUAAAGCUGCAGGCAGAUACAAGGAAGUUCAGAGGACAGCAGGCGUGUCCACUACUGACCUUGUGGGCCGUAUGCUGCUCAUGACACGGCAGCAUUUCCGUCAGGGACCAUUGGAAUAUGAUGUUGGCCAUGAAGGUUCUUCACAGCUCGGUCUAGACUCUGAUGCCCGAAGUCCAUACACUGGCUGUUCACAGUUUCUUCCCACGACACAGGAGAUCAUCCAGUUUAGUGAUGGAAAGCCACCGAAGCCUAAUGACAGGAUCAUAUACGUGGCUGGAGCAUUUGAUCUGUUUCAUGUUGGACAUUUGGAUUUCCUUGAGAAAGCCAGAGCAGAAGGAGAUUAUCUGAUUCUUGGACUACACACAGAUCCGAUAGUAAACAGAUACAAGGGUAGCAACUACCCCAUCAUGAAUCUUCAUGAGAGGGUGCUUAGUGUGUUGGCUUGUAAGUAUGUUUCUGAGGUGGUGAUUGGAGCUCCUUAUGCUGUAAGCCAGAACCUCAUGGAACACUUCAAAGUGGACAUGGUGUGUCAUGGACAGACACCCAUCCAGCCUGAUGCUGAUGGUUCUGACCCUUACACUGAGCCAAAGCGACAGGGUAAAUUUAAAUUAUUGAACUCGGAGAACACCAUGACAACGGAGAAGAUUGUCAACCGAAUCAUAAAUCACAGCCACUCCAAGGCCAGCAGCAGCAACACGCUUUCUUACCAGAGCCAUUCUUGAUGUAGGCAAGAGGUAUGCUGCCCAUUCAUUGUGACAGUUAUAAAUUCUUCAAGUAGUUGGCUGUGACUUUUAUAGAUUUGAUACCUUUUAUAUUAUGAAAGAUUUUUCAUAUAUAGAACCUGACAUCAAUGUAAUGUAGUUUGGAGGUGGCAUAAUGUUUCAGAGGAACAUAUCACCUCCAUGUUCAGGAUCAAAGAUUAAGCCAAGUAAGAAACCAGGAGGAGGCAGUGAACUUGGCACUUGCUUGGCUUAUUCUUUGACCCUGAAGAUGGAGGCAGUAUGUUUUACUGAAACACUACUCUGUCUCCAAACUGCAUGUCAUUACAACUGAUAAUACCUACUCAUUUUGGUUACUUAUGUUUCAAAACAGAUUGGAAGAGAAAUUUGAUUGACACAAGGUUGAUUCUUCUUUUGAUGUCAUGCCAUGAAAUUUGAUUGCAAAUAUGAAGCAGGAGUUCACAGCAGAUCCAGCGAUGGCAGUAUUGAUGAGAUAAGCCUCUAGAAUUGAUGAAACAAAAGUAAUUUUGAAUUUGAGGAAUAUUGUUAACAUCACUCAAUUUGAGCAGUAUUGCUCUAAUUUACUUGUGCAGUGAAGAUGUUUACUUAAAUUGAAAAAUGUAUGCAUCAUAAUCCCGUUAAUUCCUGGAUGCUUCUGAUGAAGAGCAGUCAACAAACAAACUCCGUGUCCUGUAGUCCACAAGCGAACUAUACCGACAGAACAAGUAUAAAUUCUAGCAUAUCAGUAAUUCAGUUGUACAGAACUAUUAGACUUAUUUUGUACUCUAUCAUCUGGUGUAUAGAAGACAAAAAUCCACAACGUUUCAGAGACUGGAUCUGUCUCUGUCCUCAGGUGGAU